AUGAUAUCAUCCAUCCUGGGUCUCCGUCAGGGGGCUUUGCGAGCUUCGUCCAAGAGAACUGGGAUUUCUCAAAGAGCUCUUUCAUCAUUAUUGGGACAAGAGACUGGCUUGGCGUCGAUUUCUUCUUGGCCAACAGCCAACAGACCUCAUCGGCCGUGGCGAGGCGCCAGACAAACUCCAUUUCGAUCUGGAAUUAUUCAAAGAAACGUUUGGUCGACUGGAACCACUCCACCCUUGGGUGGUGAUUUGCAUCCACUGAUCUCGUUGACACCAGACGAAAUUAGUGCCGCUGCCAGCGUGGUCAAGGCUCAUUAUUCCGACGCGGCAGAAGAAAUUCGAUUCGUCGCCAUUGCGCUCAACGAACCCAACAAGGCGGCGCUUCGAGGCGGUGACAAGCCACCACGACAAGCAGAAAUUAUUGUGAUCAAUACCACCACGGGAAUUGCUUCGGAACUGACCGUUUCUUUGGUCGAUGCAACCGUCAUUUCUGUAAAGGAAUUGGAACGUGGUGUCCAGCCUUUAUUGACCCCGGAUGAUUGCGACCUCGCCGAAGCCAUUUCCAAAAGUUCACCCGAGUUGCAAGCUGUCUUGAAAGAACGCUAUGGAAUCACAGACAUGUCUCGAGUGGCUGCCGAUCCCUGGUCUGUGCAUCUCGCGAGUGAGGAGGAUGUAGCCAUGACAGAACCAGACGAUCCAUCAUUGCCCCCUCGUCGGCUUGUGCAGACAUUUUUGUAUCAGCGAGUGGAUGGAGACGGCAUAGAGGACAAUCAUUAUGCCCAUCCAAUCGUCAUUUUGCCAGUUGUGGAUCUCAAUUCCAAAACGGUGAUCAAGAUUGAUGGACUGGAUCGACCGGCAACCAAAAUCCCUCAAGCAAGUGUCAACUACCACCGUGAUUUACUCAACACCAAUUCCUACUUGCAAACGCAGUGGAGAGCUGAUACGCUCAAGGCAUUGGAUAUCACGCAACCAGAUGGUCCAUCCUUUACCGUAACGGACAAUCUGGUGGAAUGGCAGGGCUGGAAGUUUCGAGUGGGAUGGAACUACCGCGAAGGAAUUGUUUUGCAUCAGGUUCACUUUAAUGAUCGCCCCGUGGUCAACCGAUUGAGUCUGGUGGAAAUGGCCGUGCCGUAUGCUGAUCCAUUCCCGCCGUUUCCUCGAAAAUGUGCCUUCGACGUUGGUGAUUAUGGGCUUGGAUUUUGUGCCAAUUCGCUAGAGCUUGGAUGCGACUGUUUGGGACAUAUCCAUUACUUUGAUGCCGCCCUCAACGAUUCCAAAGGAGACCCUUACGUUGUCAAGAAAGCUAUUUGCAUGCACGAGGAAGACCAGGGAAUUCUGUUCAAACAUGUAGAGUAUCGCAAUGGACACAGCGAAUCAAGACGUGCUCGAGAAUUGGUUAUUUCCAAAAUCUGCACGGUUGUCAACUACGAGUACCUAAUGUAUAUUCGAUUCAAGCUCAAUGGUGAGAUUGAAUUUGAGCUUCGACUGUCGGGGGAGCUUUCCACCAAUCAACCAUCUGCAGGAGAAGACCCUAACGAUCCAUCCCAUGGAGUGUUGUGUGCACCCGGUGUGAACGCCCAAGUACACCAACACAUGUUUUGCGCUCGCAUCGACAUGGCCGUGGACGGUGACAAAAACACCGUGAGUGAGAUUGAUGUUGUCCCUCACACACCCGGGAUGGAAGGAAACCCAUACGGAAACGUUUUCGGGCCGGUAGAAACCGUCCUGAAGACAGAAGCAGAAGCUGUGAGACUGUAUGAUGCCAAUAAAGCUCGGGUGUGGAAGGUGUCCAAUGCCGAAGGAAAGGUGAAUGGCAUUACAAAGAAACCAACAGCAUACAAGCUAGUUCCAUUCACCAAAGGUCCUGCACAACCCCCGUUGCUCACGGCGCCCGAUAGUGCCGUAUCCAAAAAGGGCGAAUUUGCCACGGCGCAUCUAUGGGUGACACCAUAUGACGAAACGGAGCGUUAUCCUGCUGGAGAAUAUACCCCACAGGCCAAGGAACAAGCAGGUCUACCUGUGUGGAUCAAGGAUAAUGAAUCUAUUGAAGGUGAAGAUGUUGUCUUGUGGCAUGCCUUCGGAGUGACACACGUUCCACGCGUCGAAGACUUCCCCAUUAUGAACUGCGAAAUGACUGGGUUUUCUCUCAAACCGGAUGGCUUCAAUAGCGGCAAUCCUGCCAUUGAUCUACCGCCCGAGACGAAUACAAAGAGCAAGCUUGAUUCUGGGUGCUGUGCAAGCUCUAGUUAG